AUGGACAAUGAACAGUGGCCAAGUAGUGAAGACGGAUCAUCUAGUGCGUUGCUGUCGUCGUUCGAAUCGUCGGAGUUCACAACCCCGAAGCGGUGCAUCAGCCAGCCAACCAUGCACGCGUUGCACGAUAUGCGGCUCAGCGAAACACUGUGCGAUGCAUCGAUCGUCUUCCCCGACGAACGGCACGAGAUGCGGGUGCAUCGGGUCAUUCUGAGCUCCUGCAGUGAGUAUUUCCGAAUACUCUUUACGACGGCACUGCCCAGCGAUAAGCACACCGUGUCCAUCCCGGGCAUCGAGCGCUCGGCCAUGGUCGAGGUGAUCCAGUACGCGUACCUCCGCCAGUGCGAUCUCAACGAGCGCAACGUGUAUGAGGUGUAUGCGGCCGCCGACUUCCUCAUCAUUCGCAGCCUCACGAGCUACUGUGCCCGCUUUCUGGUGGAUCGCUUACGGCCGGAUAACUGCGUCAAGAUCAUGUUGUUCGGCAGGCAACGGCUUGCUGAGUUAGUGUACGAGUCGGCCAAGCUGUUCAUAAUGAAGCACUUCAUGAAGCUGAUCAGCUCGCAUGCCGACGCACUGCUGCAGUUGCCCGUGGACGACGUUUGUCUGCUGCUGGCGGACGAACAGCUGAACGUGCGAGAUGAGAGCACGGUCUGGGAGUUUGCCGUACGGUGGAUCGACCGGGAUCCGGCCAACCGUGCCCAGCAUGUGCUACGUUUAAUGAAAACCGUCCGUUUGGGGCUACUCAACACAGAGUACUUCCUGGAGAACGUGAAGGAAAACCCGUACGUACUGGCGGCCGAGGACACCAAAUCGCUCAUCAUCGAGUCGCUCACAUUCCUGUACGACCUGGAGAUGAUCAGCACAAAGGGCAUUAAGGAGAUGAAAACACCUGCCAUCGGGUUGCCCCGGUUACCGCACGAGGUGAUCUUCACCGUGGGCGGAUGGAGCGAAGGGCUACCGCAGUCGAUCAUCGAAACGUACGACACGCGCGCCGACCGUUGGGUGCGAAUCCGUAACGAAGAUCCACACGGUCCCCGGGCUUACUAUGGGGCGGCCUUCAUCGGGACGCAGCUCUACUGCAUCGGUGGCUACGACGGUGUCGAACAUUUCCACACGUGCCGUCGCUUCGAUAUGGUCCACAAAGUGUGGCAUGAGAUCGCUCCGAUGCACUUCCGGCGGUGCUACGUAAGUGUGGUAGCCUUGGAUGGGUUGCUGUACGCCAUGGGUGGCUUUGAUGGUAAUACCCGGCACAACACGGUCGAGCGGUACAAUCCACACACCAACCAGUGGACGCUGGUGGCCACGAUGAACUCGAUGCGGUCGGAUGCGGAUGCGUGCGUCCUCGAGGGACUGAUCUACAUCACCGGUGGUUUCGAUGGGCACGAGUGUCUCGCGACGGUAGAAUCGUACGAUCCGCGGACGAACCAGUGGUCACUGUUGCCCCAGAUGCUCUCACGUCGUUCCGGUGUUUCCUGUGCCGCGCUGGAUGGUUCCGUUUAUGUCGUUGGUGGUUUUAAUGGGUUGACGCGGUUGGAUACGUGCGAACGGUAUGAUCCGAUCGUUCGGCAGUGGACCGCUUGUCCUAGCAUGUACCAUCGAAGGAGUAACUUCGGGUUGGAGACGAUCGAUGGGAUGUUGUUUGCGAUCGGUGGCUACGAUGGGGUCAGUGCGACCGCUUAUGUCGAGUGUUACUCACCCAAGUCGGAGGAAUGGUACGAGGCGACCGAUCUAGGUCGGUUGCGAUCCGCCUUCCGUGCCGUUACCGUGUCCGAUCUACCGAACGUGCGUGACUAUCUGCAUGCCAACAAGGAGAACCUGCUGAAUGAGCUGUACCAGAACCGAAGGGCCGUUUUGACUGGCGAACGAAUUGACGAGGAGGUAGAGGAGGAAGAUCAAGAGCAGCAGCAAGAGGACGAGGAGCCGGAAGCCGGUUCGGAUACGGCUAGCUCAUCCGAGGACGUUGAUUAAGUUGCGCGUCGUGAGGCCGCAGG